AUGAGGUUUGGGAAGAAAGGGAAGCUUAGCCCACGAUACAUUGGGCCAUAUGAGAUCUUAGCUCGUGUUGGACAGGUGGCAUAUAGGUUGGCCCUACCUCCUAUGUUGGUUGGGGUACAUGAUGUAUUCCACGUGUUCAUGCUGAAGAAAUAUGUUCCAGACCCGUCUCAUGUAAUCUCCCAAGAACUACCGGAGGUAAACGAAGACUUGACAUACAACAAGCGGCCUGUGGCAAUAUUGGACCGAAAAGAGUAUAACCUUCGGAACCGCUCAGUCCUGUACGUUCAGGUGCGCUGGAGCAAUCACGCUGAUCAGGAGGCGUCCUGGGAGCUUGAGAGUGAGUUAAGGGCGAAACAUUAG